AUGGUUUUGGCCUACGCUGGCUGGAUAUGGUUUUCACUGACAGGUAUGUGCAUUGUCUACAUCGGCCAGGCGGUGGCCGGGUGCACCAUUGCCACCAUCACCUCCGUGCUCGCCACGGAUGAGAACCGUGGCGCAGUCAUGUCUAUGCAGCAGAUGGCGCAGGCUUUGGGCCGGGUGGUGGGCCCUGUAAUCCUGAGCGCCCUGUUCGAGGAGGACCCGCGACGGCCGUACAUCUGCGGCGCGGCCGCGGCACUUGUGGGUGGCGCAGUCCUUGCGACGCUGCAGAAGUCCUUCCGACAUCGGAUGGCUGCAGAAACACCCGCCUUCAUCCCCUCGCCCCCGCCGUGGGAGAAGGAGGUGUUCACUGAGAACGACGUUGAAGACCUUGGCAGGUUCCUUUGCGAGCUGCUCACCAGGAAUCAUUACAAGUGGCGCGACCCGGACCAGCGGCAGAGGCUCAAGCAGCAGCUGGAGAGGUUCUUCCCUCCACUUCUCACCGACGACAACGCGCAGGUUGCGGCGAAUGAGGAAGGCCACAAAAACUUCAGCAGCCUCAAUGGCCAAGCGGACCCCUCCGCAUCCAUGUCGGUCGGCCACUUCAUCACCCGGAACACUCCCGGCGCAGCUGGAAAUCGUCGAAGGUUUGCCUCGAAAACCGCGACGGCACCUCUUCGGGUCGAUUCGUUGCCGGCCGACUUCUCGGCGGCGCGCCCACGGGUGAUGUCCAAGGGGUGGGCCGGUCCUUGCUGA